GUUCCCUUUUGUUUUGUAUUUCUGGACUGAAAUUCAUUAAGCCCAGAUAAUUAUUCUUAAGUGUGGUUCAGAUUUUCUGAGGGUUUAUUUCCUUCUUAUAUCGUUUUCUUGUUUAUACAAUGACGUGGUGAUGGGUUCCACAAGUUUCGUUUAUAUUGCUGAAGUUUCUUUAUAUUCAGGUAGUUGUAAGUAAUUGAGCUCCUUGAUAAAGGUACUAAAACAAUUUCACCUUUCCAUGGACGAAUACUCAGCUCAGGAACCUCUUCUUUCAAGUCAAGGUGUCAAGAAGACACCUUUUUUUAUAUCAUCAGUGAAAUGGAUUCUCAAGACUCUAAUGUGGGUGAUUUUUAUGGCAUGGGUUGCUAUUAUCUUUUUCUACCCAUCAAAAUUUGGCAAUGAAUUGUUUGAGAAGUGGAUCCGAGCCACUGAUGGAACUCUUUUCGGUCUUUCAGGAAGCUUAUUCCUGUUAAUGAGCGGACCAAUUCUUCUUAUUGCAUUUCUUGCUAUUACACAUCUUAUCAUCUCUGGGGAAGAGGAGUUCCAGCAGAAGAAGCGUUCAAAGUAUCCAAGAGUUCGCUUGUGGACAUUUCCUGUUAUUGUAGAUGGACCAUUUGGGGUUGUUACUGCUGCUGAGUUCAUUGGGAUUCUUCUCUUCAUUGUGUACGUUGUUUGGGCUAUUUAUUCUUAUACACUGCAGAAUAUCAGCAUUAUCUCCGCAUGGCAAUUGACUUUCAGAGAGAAAAGCAUUUGGCUGUUAGAAUUGACGGGACUUCGACUUGGGGUGAUUGGAUUAUUUUGCUUGGCAUUUUUGUUUCUUCCAAUUGCAAGAGGAUCAGUUCUUCUCCGCCUUGUUGAUAUCCCUUUUGAGCAUGCUACAAAAUACCAUGUGUGGUUGGGACACUUAACAAUGCUGCUGUUUACCCUGCACGGCCUAUUUUAUGUUAUUGGAUGGGGAAUGCGUGGCAACCUCUAUCACGAAAUAUUGGAAUGGAAAGAUGUUGGCAUUGCCAAUCUUGCAGGAGUUAUCAGCCUUUUAGCAGGACUCCUGAUGUGGGUGACAUCACUCCCUGGUGUGAGAAAGUGGAGCUUUGAAUUGUUCUUUUACACCCACCAACUGUAUGUGGUGUUUGUCCUAUUCUUGGCAUUCCAUGUUGGUGAUUUUAUUUUCAGCAUGGCUGCUGGGGGAAUAUUUCUCUUCAUGCUUGAUCGAUUUUUGAGAUUUUGCCAAUCACGAAGGACUGUAGAAGUUGUCUCAGCAAAGUGCCUUCCAUGUGGAACAGUGGAAUUGGUCCUUUCAAAACCAGGAAAUUUGCGAUACAAUGCCCUUAGUUUUGUUUUUCUCCAAAUUCGGGAAUUAUCAUGGCUGCAAUGGCAUCCUUUCAGUGUUUCAUCAAGUCCUUUGGAUGGUAAAUAUCAUCUAUCCAUUCUCAUAAAGGUCCUUGGGAAAUGGACAGCCAAGCUUAGAGAAAACAUAAAAAAUAUAUCCGCGGCAGAAGCAGCAGAUCUGCAGGAGCAACCUACCCAACCAAAUGCCAAAAUAACAGCUUGUGUUGAGGGGCCAUAUGGGCAUGAAGUGCCAUAUCACUUGAUGUAUGAGAACCUCAUUCUAGUAGCAGGUGGCAUAGGAAUUUCACCUUUCCUGGCAAUCCUGAGUGAUGUUCUCCAUCGUAUUAAUGAAGGGAGAUCCUGUUUACCGAAAAAUAUUUUGGUUGUUUGGGCUGUUAAAAAAUCAAAUGAGCUCCCUCUCCUAUCAACCAUCAACAUGGAGUCAAUUUGUCCAUAUUUCUCCAACACACUUAAUCUGGAGUUUCAAAUUUAUGUUACUCGGGAAACAGAUCCCCAAUUGGAAGAGGGAGUAGCUCACAAGGCUAAAAGUUCUUCUCUGUGCACAGCAUCCAAGGAAUGUGGCAUGUCAGUGUUGGUCGGUACAGGUGAUAAUAUAUGGUCUGGACUUUAUGUCAUUGCAUCCACAGUGGGCUUUGUUAUUUUACUGGGUUUUUUAGAUUUGUUCUAUAUAAACCCAUAUGGCAUUCAAUUAUGGUGGUACAAAGGACUUCUUUUUAUGGCAUGUAUGGCUGCAAGUAUUUUAAUCUUUGGAGGCUGUAUAGUUGUUUUGUGGCAUCUAUGGGAAAGGAAAACUUCAGCCAGGGACAAAUCCGAAGAAAAUGGGAUAAAGGCCGACAAGAUGCCACGCAACGGAGAUGCGGAAGACAAAAAUUUGUACGAGGAAAACCUUGCACGUUCUACCAUGGUUCACUAUGGUUCGAGGCCAGAUUUCAAAGAUAUUUUUGGAUAUGUAUCAAAGCGAUGGGGCCUUGUUGAUGUGGGUGUCCUUGUAUGUGGUCCUCCAACACUUCAGUCCAGUGUGGCUAGAGAAAUCAGGUCUCAGAACCUAAGGAGAGAAUCUCAUAGUCCGGUAUUUCAUUUCCACAGCCAUAGCUUCGAUCUGUAGUGUCAUCCUGCGAUCCUUCUGUUCCCAUUUACAGUAUUAGCUAAGAAUCCUAAUGCAAAAUGCAUGUAUAGUGUGUAUAUCUGUAAUCUCUAAGUGAAGAACGAAGCAUGCUUUCUGUAGUUUCAUUCUGAUGUAUGUAAUCCAUAUGUAUGUAUAUACGCUGCCUGUCACUGUACCUAAUAUUUAUCUGUAAAUAUAGCAUAAGGUUAACUAUUUGUGGGAC